AUGAUUCUGAGACGUUGGAUAGUUGCUCUUAUCCUACUCUCUACCAUACCUAACACAACAUCGGAAUGGGAUGGUAUAGACGAGGACGAAGAAGAAACAGAGCAGAGAGAAGAUACGGAGUCUAAAAUUGAGGAAGCCGUUAUGGAAAGCACCGCUCUGACCACAUCGACGAUCCCCACAACCACGAAAGAUUUUUGUCACUGUGAAAUGGAGAUUUAUGGGCCAGAAGUUCUAGAAGGUGUGCUCAAAUCACCAAACUACCCGUCGCCACACUGUGGGACCGGAAAGUGCAUUUAUAAAAUCCUUCCACACCCGAAUAUGAGUCUUCACAUUAAUAUUGAAAGUCUCUCGUUAUCCACUGAAUCGACUCUCACUUUUUGGAACAUCGUCAACGUCGAAAAAAAGGAAUAUCUGAUAUACAAUUCUGUAAGCACCGGUCGGUACUCGUACAAUGGACGAUUUGAUGGAUAUAACACGUUCUCAACUGCAGUAAACGUUGGAUUUAAAGCAAUUUUCAAAAUGCAUAAUAAUGAAUAUUCAAGCCGUGGUUUUAAAAUCAAGUUUGAGAGAGUCUCAUUAGAUGACAAAAAAUACCUCUGCCCUCCUUCUCACGUUCCAAUUGGACCUGAAUCUACAGAGGUUUCCGUUGGAAACCAAACGUUUGAGUCUCGUUCAGGAUGCACAUUUGUCCUAACGCGCUCUAGCGAAGGAAUUGAGAAAGGUUUGGAAGAAAUGUAUAUACAUAUCACUACGGAAAGAGGAGUUUUUGUAUCUGUGAGAAGAUACGAUGAGGAUGGAGUUUUCACAAAUGGAGAUCUCUCGGAUAGGACACGUGGGAUACUUGUAGAUGCAACUCGUGUGGAGGUUGUUUUCAGAGCACCAACAUCUGACGGAGGACCGUACAACACUCCAAACAUUACAGCAAUGCUUAUGGGCCACACAUGCGAGUGUCCAGAACCAGAGUAUAUAUUGAAUUUUGAGUUCUUUCAUAUGAGAAUUACAUCGCCCGGAUUCCCAGACUUGUAUUGUCCUGGAAAAAAGUGUAACACAUUGAUAAAGGUUUCAAAAAUCAAAGGACAAGAGCGAAUGAAGACAGAUUUGAUUUUUGUUGAAACAAAUUGCUCUUUAUCUGAGUUGGACCUUUUGGAAUUGAGAUCGGCGGACAGUAGUAAGGUUCUCUUCCGCUCACAACAUAAACAACAGGACCCAUCGCGUCCUAUGCGAGCGAUGGUAUUUGAAGCACAAAAUCUAGCAGUGGAAUACACCCCUAGCAACAGUGUUCAGACACGUUUCUUCGAGAUGAACCUCACUAGGAUGAAUGUUCUUGAAGAAUGCGUGUGCUCGGUUUAUGAUUCCAAGGUGUUCGAAACUAAUGGAAAAUUGACUAUUCCCAUCUCAUCAAGAUGCCAUUUAAUGCACUGCCACUGGAAGUUCUCCAAUAACCGUUACGAUAAACUUAUCUCGGUCACCUUCAAAUUGGAAAACCCAUACAAGACAGACCUUAUUUAUAUGUAUUCGGAUAAUAUGAUGGAGGAAUAUGGUUACGGAGAGUUGAGUCACGUGCGACAGGUCACGUCACCGAGUGCGAUUUCGAUGACGUUCUCCAGAAUGAAAUGGUUUGCGACUCCAAACGCGACAUUGAAGAUUUCAUGGGAACAAAUUGAGAGAUGCCUUUGUCCCGAUGAAUCAUUUUACCUAACCGACGGAAAAUCUCUUGUUAUCACCAGCCCUCACUGGCCCCAACAAUACUGCUCGAUGCUUCUCUGUCGUCAUACAUUCUUCGCUCCCAAAGGCCACUUCUUAGAAGUUGUCAUCGAUAACGCGGACAUUGAGCGUUAUCAUGAUUACCUAAAAAUCUACGACGGGAACUCAACGACUGAUCCGCUGCUAAUGAAGUUAGAAAACGACGGGGAAUAUAUUGAUAUUUUCAAAAAAAAACCUUUUUUUUUUAUUUUCAGAGUUAGCGGAUUGAGCGAGAAAGUUAUCCAAUUCAAUUCAACCCAGAAUACAGUCAUGUUUGUUUUCCACACAGAUGAGAGCGGCAACAAUAAGGGCUAUCAUGCUAAUGUCAUUUGCCAUUUUUUUAGAUGCAUACCCAAGUACUUCCAAGGGCUCCUUUGUCUUUAUCAUUGUCCUUCUCGCCCUUGUCGUUGCAAUUGUAUCCGUGGGAGUUGCUUACGUUGUCCAUCGCAAGAAGGCCCAGAACAACCGCCAAUAUCAAUCCAUGAACAACCCAACUGUUUCCUACUCUGCCAGCGGGACCGGGUAAACAAUAAUGUUUUUGUUUUAAUCAUUGAUGUUUUCAGAGGAGCCGCACUCAACGUCGCUUUUGAACCCGGAACCAAUGAGAAUGCCAACACCACUGAGCUGGAAACCGAACUUCUUUGA